AUGCCCCUCCCACCCCCCACCGUCGCCAUAACAGGCCUCACAGGCUUCAUCGCCACCCACACCGCCCUCGCCUUCCUCGCCCACAACUGGUCUGUCCGCGCUUCCGUCCGAUCCCCCGCCAAAGCCGAACAGGUCAAGGACCUUAAAGUCUGGGAGAGGUAUUUGGAAGAAGGGAGGUUGGAGGUUGUUGUGGUGGAAGAUUUGGGGGGAGGGGAGUUGGCGGAGUUGUUGGAGGGGGUGGAGGGGGUGGCGCAUUUGGCGGCGCCGCUUGGGAUGACUGAACUCGGCUGGGAAGGGUACAAGAAACCCACCAUCGACGGUAUGCUCAACAUCCUCAAACAAGCUAAAUCUGUACCCUCCAUCAAGGGAAUCUCCGUCAUGUCUUCCAUGUCCGCCCUAUACGACGUCCAAACGCCCGAAGCCGAGCAAGACGGCAAGAUCUAUACCGAAGAUGUAUGGACGCCGCUCACUGAAGAGGUCGCGUUGGACUUUGAUCCCGAAGAUCCGAAAGCGAUGUGGAUUUACUAUGGUGCGGCGAAGCGGUUGGCGGAGGAGGCUGCUCUGGCGUUUGUGGAGGAGGAGAAACCUCAAUUCAGCGUGGCUACUUUUUGUCCUCCCAUGGUCUACGCUCCUUUCCACCACAUAAUCUCCCUCUCCCAGAUCGCAAACACCGAGGGUUCCCCACCCAUCUUUGCUUCCCUCCUCUCCGGCCGUGACGAGCCUUUACCCUCGAAAGGCGGGUUUAGCUGGGUCGAUGCGAGGGAUGUGGGGGAGGCAUUCUUUAGGGCGGUGGAGGGGAGGAUCUCGGGGCGAUUUCUUGUUAGCGCUGGGAAGGCGAACCAGCAGAUAUUCGUCAACAAGCUCCGAGAACUUCGGCCCGAUCUUGAUGAGUACAUCAUCAAGGGUGAGCAUUCGGACGACAAACUUGGGCCGACGUCGUAUAUCGAUGCUACAAAGUCCAAAAAGGUCCUCGGGUUGGAGUGUGAGUAUCUAUCUCUCUUUCAAACAUUGCUUGGGGAAGCAGGUGGAAGGGAAUAGUGCUGAAUAGGAGGUAUACAGAUCGACCGAUGGAAGAGACUUUGAAGGAUACGGUAGACUAUCUGGAAAAGAUUGGGGCGUUUGAGGAAGCCCCGGGGGCGUGGAAGAAGGCUGGGAAAGAGUAAAAGACUGUGAUUGCCAGCAGAGUGAGAUUAUGUAGUAAAUCUUGAUAUAAAUGAUACGUUGCGAUGCAUGUAAAGUUUUUGUGGGA